AAUAAACACUAAUAUGCACCAUGAAUAGAAAAUUAAAUAGCCAUGAUAAGUGUGCUUCAUUUAAGCCAUUUUGGAACGGACCAGUUCGUAAAAGGAAUUGUACCGACAUCAUUUGGUGUGUGAUCUUUAUGGCUGCUACAGUAGGCUACAUGAUAAUUGGUGUCUUAGCUUGGCUGUAUGGAGACCCACGUCAUAUUCUUUAUCCCCAAAACUCCACUGGAAUGUUAUGUGGAGUGGAAGUUAAUGUUGACAAACCCUACAUUUUCUACAUCAAUGUGCUGAAGUGUGCAACUACAAGUAACAUAACAGCUUCCACUUCUUAUGGUCUCCACUGUCCUACCACUCAGGUGUGUGUUAAACAAUGUCCAUCUGAGUUCUGGAAGUUGCCUCCUGAUGCAUUUACUGCACAUGCCCAACCAAAAGACUUCUUCCAGCAGCAGUAUUGUGAUUCCAGUCUUGACCUGGCCCACACAACAAAGAGUGUUCAAGACAUCCUUGAUCAGGACCUUUGCCCUGAUUUCUACACCCCAAGUAAACCAGUACUGGGAAGAUGCCUGCCAAGCUUUGACUUCAAUCAUAUUCCAUCAAACUUUACUCUUCAAGAGCACACUAUUAAUAACAUGAACAAUGCUACAAAUGUUACUCAAGAGCACGGCAUCAACAACAUGAACAAUGCUACAAACGUUACUCUUCAAGAGCGCACUAUCAAGGCCAUAAAGGAUGCUACAGACUCUCUUGUUUCAGGAUUUAAUGUCUAUUCAGUGGCAGAGCGUAUCUUUAUAGAACUUGCUACCUCAUGGUAUUGGAUAUUAUUAGGUCUGCUGGCUGCUAUGAGUGUCUGUGUGGCAUUUCUGUUGCUUAUGACAUACUUCAUGUCCGUGCUGGUUUGGGUUCUUAUUGUAGGUGUUCUGAUUGUGGGAGCAUAUGGUAUUUACUAUUGUUAUAAGGAAUACAGCAACUACGUACUUUCAAAACUUACCUUUGGUGACCUGACCUUUAAUUCUGAAUUCUCCACCUUCCUUCAAGUAAAAGAGACCUGGCUAGCUUUCUUGGUAAUUCUGUGCCUGGUGCAGUUUGUCAUGUUGCUGCAGCUUAUACGUCUAAGGAAAACGAUCUCUUUUUCUUUGGCACUGAUGGAGGAGUCCAGCAGGGUGGUGUGUUAUGUGACGUCCACACUUGUGUACCCAUUUGUCACAUUUGUGCUGGUGGUGUUGUGCGUGUCCUACUGGGUUAUUAUUAACCUUUAUUUAACCACUUCUGGAACUUCAGUGUACCAUGUCAUCUCCCUCAACUACCCCAUAUCCAACUGUCAUGCCAUCACAGGUCAACGCUGCCUGCCACAGACCUUCAACGCUUCAGCCUAUACCACGUGUCCUAAUGUGCGCUGUGUAUUUUUUAAAUAUGACAAAGAUGGAUUUUUCCAGAGAAAUAUGCUGUACAUUUACAUUUAUAACAUACUGGCCUUUAACUGGUAUGUGAACUUCCUUGUCGCACUGGGCCAGUGCACACUGGCCGGGACCUUUGCCUCAUACUACUGGGCCUUUAACAAACCUGCUGAUAUUCCCCCAUCUCCUCUAUUACAAGCUUUCAAUCGGACCCUACGGUUUCAUGUUGGCUCUGUCGCAUUUGGUGCCGUUUUCCUAACCACGUUUCAAGGUUUUCGGAUCUCUCUGGAAUAUCUUGCAAACAGAUUAAGGAGCUGCCAUAAUUCAUGUUCACGGUUUUUGAUGACGUCCCUCAGAUGCUGCUUCUGGUUUUUGGAGAAAUUUCUCAAAUUUUUCAACAGAAACACCUACAUAAUGAUUGCUAUACAUGGAGACAAUUUUUGGGAGUCUGCCAGGAGUUCACAUAUGCUGAUAAUUAGGAACAUUAGUCGGGUGUUGGUGCUUGACAGUGUUACUGACACACUGCUAUUUUUUUGCAAGUUGCUGGUGAUUGGAGCAAUUGGUGUACUGGCCUUUAUGUUUUUCUCUGGACACACUGAACUACCAAAAAACAUAUUCCAGGCCAAGAUGCUGCAUUACAACUGGGUGACCAUUACCGUGGUGUUGGUGGGAACUUACUUUAUUGCUCAGGGCUUCUUCAGUGUGUACAGCAUGUGCGUGGACACUCUCUUCCUCUGCUUUUUGGAGGAUCUGGAGCAAAAUAAAGGGACUGUGCAGAGGCCGUACAGGUCUAGGAGUCUGAUGCAGAUCUUCAACAAGUCCAAAAAACACUAUACACCAGUGUGUACCUGCUAGGCUGUCCUUUUUAUUUAUCUUAUAAUUAAACCUAGAUUGAGAAGCAUUGUA